AUGAUGAACUGCCACAAAGAACCCGAGUUCCAAAUCCACGAUAUCCCCAGUCUUCGAGGCUACAUCGCCAUCGUGACCGGCGGCAACUCUGGUAUUGGCUAUGAAACAACACUUCAACUCGCCCUCAAGGGCGCUAGAGUCUACAUCGCCAGCCGCUCAAGCGAACGCGUCAACAAGGCUAUCUCCGAGAUGCGACAAAACAGUCCCGACUUGGACCUUCACUUCCUCAAGCUAGACCUCCAAGACCUUCAGAGCAUCAAAAACACCGCUGCUGAUUUCAUGAGUCGCGAGAAUCGCCUUGACUUGCUGAUCAACAACGCUGGCGUAGGUGCAGCCCAAAACAUUUCGAUGUAA